AUGCAGGAUGUAUUUAGUCCUUCUUCAGUUCCACUGGAAAAAGAGAAUAAAAAGUUGACAGAAUCAAUCACAGAUAAGUCUUCUAAGCCAUAUGAAGCUCCUGGUCUGUUUGAGGAAGAUGAGAAUUUUGAACCCAGUAAGAGUAGUUGCGUUAUAGCCAAACCUUCUGUGGAUUUAUUUGAUGAUGAUGGGGAUCUAUUCAGGGAGAAGCCUGACAGUGCCAACAUUGCAAAAAAUAGUCAACAUUCUUCUGCUGAGAGGUUUAAAAAUUUAACUCCAACACCUUUCACGAGUCAGAAAAGCCUAUUCUCUGAUGAAGAGGAUUCUGAAGACUUGUUUUCUUCACAUCAGCCUAUAGGGGUGAAGAACUCAACUUCAUCAUCUACUAAAGUGAUGACAAAAACUGCAUUGUCUUUGUUUGAAGAUGAGGAAGAAGAG